AUGAGAACGAUUGCGAACGAACGCGACGCGCUCGCGGCGACGGAGGCGCGCGCGGCGCGCGCGAUCUUAGAUCAUCGAUUGGGGAUAAUCGAUGAUGAUCAACGGGCGAGGCGAGCGGCGCUCGUCGCGAAACAGUUUGCCGAACGCGAGGCGUUGGCGAUCGACGAGGAGUUGGACGAGCCGUUCGACUUGCACGAGCUGUACGCGUUCCUGAUGAUGCCCGCGGACAAAGUCGCGAAGGCGUUUGGGAUGCCCUCUGGAUCAUUCAGGCUGCAGUGUAGAAAAGCGGGCGUAACGCGAUGGCCGCAUCGUCACGCGCAAGCGGUGGUGGGUUGCCACGAAUACAUUGCGCAGCUCAUGCAGCAUACGUUGGCGCAGUUUGAAUACAGCAUCGAUGAUAUGGAGAUGUGCGAUGUGAAUUAUUAUUCGCACCGUGCGCGCUCGGCGUUUCUCAGGAUGGAUUACGCUAUGACGGAUUUGCUGGAAGAUCUUGACACUCUAGAAAAGUACGCGCGCGCGCUAGAAGGAAUGUUCUUACGCACUGGAACAUUCGAUUCUGUCCGCUCACCGGAGGCAUUCAACAGAAUCCGGACGAAAAUUUACAAGCACCGUUCGAAAGUGGGUUGCUUUGUGAGGAAGUUGUUCCCGUCGAAUCUUGGCGGCGCGAUUCGCCCAUCACUAUUUGAUAAGUGA